GCUUCAACACUGAGACUCUCUCAUAACAGCAUGGACAAUGGAGAGAGGUUGUGAGCGCUCUGAGCCUUGUGUGUGAGCUUGUGAUGAUGCUGCUGCCUGCAGGUCACAUGACCUACUCCGUUAGGACAGGACUCCUGUUCUUCAACAUACUUCUGCUCACCAAAGCUGACUCUCCACCCAAGUUCACGCGGAACCCCACAGAUCAGAUCGGGGUGCAGGGGGGUGCCGCGUCCUUCGUGUGCCAGGCCAAUGGAGACCCCCAGCCCAGAAUCGUGUGGAGCAAGAAGGGCAAGAAAGUCAGCAACCAGAGAUUUGAGGUGAUAGAUUUUGAGGAUGGCUCAGGGUCUGUGUUGAGGAUCCAGCCACUGCGGACCCCUCGAGAUGAGGCCAUCUACGAGUGUGUGGCCACCAACAGCGCAGGGGAGAUCAGCACCUCCACAAGCCUUACUGUCUUAAGAGAGGAUCAGCUGCCUCAGGGCUUCCCCUCCAUAGACAUGGGCCCGCAGCUGAAGGUGGUGGAGCGAUCUCGCACCGCCACCAUGCUGUGUGCGGCCAGCGGCACGCCAGACCCCGAAAUCACCUGGUUCAAGGACUUCCUCCCCGUCGACACCAGCAACAACAAUGGCCGAAUCAAGCAGCUACGCUCAGGUGCACUCCAGAUUGAUCAGAGUGAAGAAACAGACCAGGGGAAGUAUGAGUGUAUUGCUACCAACAGUGAGGGAACACGCUACUCUGCUCCUGCAAACCUCUACGUGAGAGAGCUGCGAGAAGUGCGGCGUGUGCCUCCCAUGUUCUCCAUCCUGCCUCGGGACAGUGACAUCAUGCCGGGCGGCAGCGUGAACAUCACGUGUGUGGCGGUGGGCUCCCCCAUGCCCUACGUCAAGUGGAUGCUGGGCUCCGAGGACCUGACGCCGGAGGACGACAUGCCCAUCGGGCGCAACGUGCUGGAGCUCACCGACGUGCGCCAGUCGGCCAACUACACCUGCGUGGCCAUGUCUACUCUGGGGGUCAUAGAGACCGUGGUUCAGAUAACAGUCAAGUCCUUACCCAAAGCUGCGGGGACGCCGCUGGUGACGGAGCGCACGGCCACCAGCAUCACGCUGACGUGGGACAGUGGUAACCCCGAGGCCGUGGCCUACUACCUCAUCCUGUACCGGCCCAAGUCCUCCGAGGACCCCUUCAAAGAGAUCGACGGCGUGGCCACCACCCGCUACAGCGUGGGCGGACUCAGCCCCUACUCCGACUACCAGUUCAAGGUGCUGGCCGUCAACAACAUCGGCCGCGGGCCCCCUGGCCAGACCAUUGAGGCGCGCACGGCCGAACAGGCGCCCAGCUCCGCCCCCCGUAAGGUCAGAGGUCGCAUGCUGAGUGCGACCACGGCCAUCAUCCACUGGGAGGAGCCGGAGGAGGCCAACGGGCAGGUGGUGGGGUACCGCGUCUACUACACCAUGGACCCCAGCCAGCACGUCAACCAGUGGGACAAGGAGAUCAUCCGAGGAGCCAACUUCAUCACCAUCCAGAGCCUGACGCCCAACCGGACCUACUACAUCAGAGUGCUGGCCUUCACCUCGGUAGGAGACGGACCCCUCUCGGAUGACCUACAGAUCAUAGCCAAGACUGGAGUUCCCUCUCAGCCCACAGAGUUUAAGGCUGAGGCUGUGUCUGAGACCAGCAUCCUCCUCUCCUGGGUGCCUCCUGCUCAGACCAGCCCAGAGAACCUCAUCACUGGAUACGAGCUCAUUUACAGAAAGAGCAACGAGGCAGAGGAGCAGAAGGCGACCUUCGACCCCAGCACCAGUUACCUGCUGAAGGACCUGAAGCCCUUCUCCUCCUACACCUUCCAGCUGGCCGCCCACAGUAAACACGGGGUGGGCGCGUUCACCAGUGAGGUCACCGCUGACACCCCUCAAACCCAGCCCGUGGCCCCUCCUCAGAAGGUCACGUGCGCCAGUCCCAGCUCCACCAGUGUUCUAGUAAGUUGGCUCCCCCCGCCCGAGGCCUCUCAGAACGGAGAGAUCACCGGCUACUCCGUCACGUACUCCCCCCUGAGGGACAGAGACAACGGCACGGCCCAGAGUGUCAGCGUCGACGUCGGCAGCCCGCUUCCGGAAGCUUCCACCUUCCUGCUGCAGGGCCUGGAGAAGUGGACCGAGUACAGCGUGAGCGUGAGCGCACUCAACAAGGCCGGCGCUGGACCCCCCAGCCCCGCCGUCGUCGUCCGCACCAAGGAGGAUGUUCCUAGCGGGCCUCCACGCGGUGUACAAGUGGAGGUCAUAAAUUCCACCACUGCCAAGGUGAUGUGGCGUUCUCCUGUAGCUAAGCAACAACACGGUCAGAUUCGGGGGUACCAGGUGACCUACAUCCGUCUGAUCAGAGAUGAGCCGGUGGGGCAGCCAUGCAUCAGAGACCUGCUCACUGCAGGGUCAAAGGAGCUGCUGAUCUCCGAGAUGGUGCCUGAGACCUCGUACACCGUCUCUGUGGGAGCUUACACCACUAAAGGAGACGGGGCUCGCAGCAAAGCCAUCACCAUCACCACUCCUGCCCCACUGCCGGAGAAGCCCCGCCUGACGGUGAGCCAGCCCAAACUGGGCAUCGCCCUGCUCCAGUGGCACCCCCCUCUGAACCCUCAAGGCCCCGUGCUGGGCUACCGGCUCUCCUUCGGCCGGACCGACGGCCCGCCGCCGCCAGGGCUGGAUCUGCCCGAGCAGGACCGCCGCUUCUCCGUCUCCGACCUGCAGCAGGGCGCCACCUACUGCUUCCGCCUGGCCGCCCGGAACAAGAUGGGCUUCGGUCCGGAGGCGGUGCAGGAGCUCUCCACCCAGGAGGGGCCGCCUGCCGGCUACCCGCCGAACACGCAGGCCGUCGGGGCCAACGCCACUGCCGUCUCCCUGGCCUGGGCGGAGGUCGCGCUCGGCGAGCGCAAUGGCGUCGUUCUGAGCUACUUGGUGUGCUACCAAGGCAACGGGAGCGUGGGGAAUGACUCGGGGGAGGUGUGUGUGUCCGCGGAGGAGCGCGCAGUGACUCUGACGGGCCUGCGGGCAGACACUGUGUAUGAUGUGAGAGUGUGUGCGCACACCAGCAAGGGCCCAGGGCCCUACAGCCCACCUGUCCAGGUCAGGACAGAGUCUCUGGAGGAGGAAGUGUUCGCCACAAACUUCCGGGUGAAAGCUGCCAUGAAGUCUGCUGUUCUUCUCAGCUGGGAGACCCGAGAGAAGCUCAACAAAGCCCAGCCUUUCACGAUCCUAUAUGGGAACAGUCAGAGUGUGGAGCUGGAUGGGCGUCUGAAUAAGAAGCUCAUCUCUAACCUGCGUCCAGAGACUCAGUACUCCUUCCUGUUGACCAGCCGUGGCCCCAGUGCCGGGGGCCUCCAGCACCGCGUCAGUGCCGUCACGGCUCCCGACCUCCUCCGCACCAAACCCAUCCUCGUCAGCCGCACCGACACCCAGGGCACCGUCACGGUCAAGCUGCCCACACCGCAAGGCACCACCAAAGUCAGGGGCUUCUACAUCGUGGUGGCGCCCCUGAAGAGGCAGCGAGGGGGAAAGUUCCAGAAUCCCUGGAGCAGCCCGGAUGACAUGGAUCUGGAGGAGCUCCUAAAAGAGAUCAACAGCACCAGUAAGGGUUUGCGAAUCCGGCGCCAGGCUGAGCCUCGGCCUUACAUCACCGCCCACUUCCAGAAGCUUCCAUCCGAGUUCACCCUGGGCGACGGCCACACCUACGGCCACUUCCUGAACCGCGCGCUGCUCAGCGGACACGAGUACACCUGCUUCGUGCUGGCCCUCCUGGAGCUCUCUGAAAACACCGUGUACGCCACAAGCCCCUACUCCGACCCGGUGGCCACCUCUGACCUGGACCCGCAGCCAAUCGUGGACGAGGAGGAGGGCCUGCUGUGGGUGGUUGGACCUGUGAUGGCAGUCAUCUUCAUCGUCUGCAUCGUCAUCGCCAUCCUCCUGUUCAAGAGCAAACCCGACAGGAAGCGUGCUGAGGUGGAGGGCAGAAAGUGCAGCUUCCCCAGUAGCAAGGCCAUGAGCUCCCACCAUCCCACUGAUCCUGUGGAGCUGCGGCGCAUCAACUUCCAGACCCCCGGCAUGGCCAGCCAUCCACCAAUCCCUGUCAGCGAGCUGGCAGACCAGCUGGAGAGACUGAAGGCCAAUGAUAACCUCAGGUUCUCCCAGGAGUAUGAGUCCAUUGAUCCAGGACAGCAGUUCACCUGGGAGCACUCGAAUCUGGAAGUGAACAAACCCAAGAACAGAUACGCCAAUGUCAUUGCCUACGACCACUCUCGAGUCUUGCUGUCCAGCAUUGAUGGUAUGCCCGGCAGUGACUACAUCAACUCCAACUAUAUUGACGGCUACAGGAGGCAGAACGCCUACAUCGCCACACAGGGCCCACUGCCCGAGACCUUCUGUGACUUCUGGCGCAUGGUGUGGGAGCAGCACACGGCCAACGUCGUCAUGAUGACCAAACUGGAGGAGAAGUCCAGGGUCAAGUGUGAUCAGUACUGGCCCAGUCGAGGCACAGAGACAUAUGGACUCAUCCAAGUGACUUUAGUGGACACCCUGGAGCUAGCCACAUACUGUGUCAGGACCUUCGCCAUGUUCAAGAAUGGCUGCAGUGAGAAACGGGAGGUUAGGCAGUUCCAGUUCACCGCCUGGCCCGAUCAUGGCGUCCCAGAACACCCCACUCCCUUCCUGGCUUUCCUGAGACGGAUUAAAGCCUGUAACCCUCCAGACGCUGGACCCAUGAUUGUUCACUGCAGUGCUGGAGUGGGUCGCACCGGCUGCUUCAUCGUGAUCGACGCCAUGGUGGAGCGCAUCAAGCAGGAGAAGACGGUGGACAUCUACGGCCACGUGACUCUCAUGCGCUCGCAGCGCAACUACAUGGUGCAGACGGAGGACCAGUACGUCUUCAUCCACGACGCCAUCCAGGAGGCCGUCACCUUCGGCACUACAGAGGUGCCCGCCCGCAAUCUGUUCGCCUACAUCCAGCGGCUGACACAGAGCGAAGGCUCCGACAACGUGCCUGCCAUGGAGCUGGAGUUCAAGCGUCUGGCUGGGGCAAAGGCCCACACGUCGCGGUUCGUCAGCGCCAACCUGCCCUGCAACAAGUUCAAGAACCGACUAGUGAACAUCAUGCCCUUUGAGUCCACCCGUGUGUGUCUGCAGCCCAUCAGAGGGGUAGAGGGAUCAGACUACAUCAACGCCAGCUUCAUCGAUGGGUACAGGCAGCAGAGGGCCUACAUGGCGACUCAGGGGCCCCUGGCAGAGACCACGGAAGACUACUGGAGGAUGCUGUGGGAGCACAACUCCACCAUAGUGGUCAUGCUCACCAAACUCAGAGAGAUGGGCCGGGAGAAGUGCCAUCAGUACUGGCCUGCUGAACGCUCUGCCCGUUACCAGUACUUCGUGGUGGACCCCAUGGCUGAGUACAACAUGCCCCAGUACAUCCUCCGAGAGUUCAAGGUCACAGAUGCCAGGGAUGGGCAGUCUCGCACUGUCCGGCAAUUCCAGUUCACGGACUGGCCUGAACAAGGAGUGCCAAAGUCUGGAGAGGGAUUCAUCGAUUUCAUUGGUCAAGUUCACAAAACGAAAGAACAGUUUGGUCAGGAUGGACCAAUUACAGUCCACUGCAGUGCUGGUGUCGGCAGGACAGGAGUGUUCAUCACACUGAGUAUCGUGCUGGAGCGCAUGCGCUAUGAGGGAGUAGUGGACAUCUUCCAGACGGUGAAGAUGCUACGCACCCAGAGGCCUGCCAUGGUGCAGACGGAGGAUCAGUACCAGUUCUGUUACAGGGCUGCUCUGGAGUACCUGGGGAGCUUUGAUCACUAUGCAACAUAAUCGCCUCUCCCUCCACCUCACCGGCCAGGGGAGCUGCUUCGGUGCCACCCCUAGCAGCGCCCACGCCCCUGCCCACGCCC